GUUUGGAUAGGGGAAGGAUCCAUAAUAGAAGGUUGGAUUUCCCCCUCAGAGUGGUAAACAGGAGGGGUCUCUUCAUCAUCAUCUGCCAGUUCCAGAGCCUCCUCAUCAAGACCCAUUGCUUUAAUGAUUGUAAAUGUGGCACGGCUAGUAUCCUCCAUGUGAGGCAAAGGCUCAGAGUUAUGACUUUCCUUUCUUUCAACAGUUUCUGAACGGUGGGAGAAGAUGAUCCUGUCUGCUAGUAAUUCCUUCGUAGCCUGAGGUGAAGAGGAGAUGCCCACAGGGAUGCCCACCAUACCUUUUCCGGCACUCUCCUUUGCCGGAGGGGAUGGUACACAGGAGGAAGCAUUGUGACCUAGAGUAAAACAGGAGUGGCAAAAGGAUGGGACCUUUUCAUAUGUGCAGGGAAAAAAGAAAUCCUUAUUGUGCAAUUUGACAUGGACGGAGGAGGGAAGAGGAGAAGAGAUAACAACAAUGACACAAGCCCUGGCUGAGUCAAAUCUGUGGUGUAAUAGGGUACCUGAAUCCACUUUUAAAGGAGUGCCUAGAAGGAAAAAGAGUUGAAACAGAGCACCUGGAUCAAGGAGAUGAAGAGGAAGUCUGUUGAUUGUGAUCCAUAAAGGUCCAAUUUCUUGUUGCUCCUUCCUACCAGUGCUAGACGAAGCUUUAAGGCAAGGUGGUUAGUUUCCUCAGCAUUGAAGGAGAUGGAGGGGAAUCCCUUGACUUUGCCAAGAAUCUUACCAAGAAGCAGAUCCUGAGAAGGAACCAGAUUGGAGAACAGUUCUCUCUUUUCUAUAUUGUACCGGAGAUCAUUUGUAAAAGACUGACCAUUUUCUUGAGAGAACUAAAAGAUCAAAUGGCAUCAAGGAUGUUCAACGCAGGAGUGACCGAGGGACAAUCAACCACGAGACCACCUUUGUUCGAUGGAACAAAAUACUCGUACUGGAAGGAAAGGAUGAGAAUCUUUAUCCAAUCCAACGACUACAAGCUGUGGUUGAUUGUGAAGAACGGAUGCGGAGUCCCGAUGAAGAAAGUCUGUGAGGUCAACGUCCCCAAAACCGAAGAGGAGUUCACCGAAAAAUAUUGCAAAAAGAUGGAGCUCAACGUAAAGGCAAUAAACAUGAUUUAUUGCAGUGUUAAUGCGGAUGAUUACCGCAAAAUCUCGCGGUGUGAAACCGCAAAACAAAUGUGGGAAAAAUUGGAGGUCACCUACGAAGGAACCACGCAGGUUCAGAAGGCAAAAAUAGACCACCUCACUCACGAGUAUGAACUCUUCUCUAUCAAGGAAAAUGAGAAGAUUGAGGAAGUGUUUGAGAGAUUCUCUAACAUCAUCAAUCCUUUCAAUCUUCUCGGAAAGACAUACACCGACCGAGAGCUUGUGAGAAAGGUGGUUGAAGAGAAGAGCAAGAGGUCUAUUGCUCUACCCGCAACAACAUCAUCCCACAACAACGUUGAUGAUGAAGAUGAUGACAGCGACGACACCGACCUCGGACUCUUUGUCUGAAAAUUCAAGAAGAUGAUGCUCAAGAGGGGAGCCAAGAAGAACACUCCACCCAAGUGCUAUGGGUGUGGUGAAAUUGGACACAUCAAACAAAUGUGUCCAAAGCUCAAGAACGAGAAGGACAAGAGGGCACCGAAGAAGCAACGUGCCUACAUUUCUUGGGAGACUGAUGGCCCAGGAGUGAAGACUCGGAAACGGAGGAAGUGGCCAAUCUUUGUCUCAUGGCCAUUGAGGAUGGUGAAACAUAAAAAGAGGUACGUGAU